AUGACUUCUGGCCUUUCUCAGGAGCAGUUCUGUUUUCCUGGCUCUAACUCCUCAUGUGUUGGGGCACAUUUCAAUCUGGGGGCCAAAGUUGCCCUCUACUUGUUGUUUGCCUUUGGCAUGCUGGUUACCAUUUUAGGGAACUCUGUUGUCAUUGUGUCAAUUAGUCAUUUCAAGCAGUUGCAUAAUCCUACCAAUGUGCUUAUUGUAUCUCUUGGUCUGGUUGAUCUUCUUGUGGGUGUUGUUGUGAUGCCCUUCAGCGCCAUCCGGACCGUUCAUGGCUGCUGGUUCUAUGGUGAUGACUUCUGUCUGCUGCACUCCAGCUUUGAUAUGUUUCUUACCACUCUGUCUAUCUUCCACCUGAUUUGCAUUGCUGUAGACAGACAACAAGCAAUAUGCAACCCUCUGCAUUACUCCAGGAAUAUCACCAUGUCAGUGGCCUGGAUUAUGGUGUGUGCCAGCUGGGCGCUAGCUGCUCUUUACUCUUAUGGACUUCUUUACUCAAAGGCAAACACUGAGGGGUUAGAGGAUUAUAUGGCAUCAAUAAACUGUCUUGGCAAUUGUACCCUUCUCUUUAACCGCCUUUGGGGAGUUUUAGACAGUGUUAUCUGCUUUUUCUUUUCCUGCACUGUGAUGGUUUGUCUGUAUACCAAAGUAUUUAUGGUGGCUAAAGAUCAUGUGAGAAAGAUUGGAGAUAUGAACAAUUGUUCAAAUGACAAAGUCAGAGGUGGGCUGAUUAAACAGUCUGAGCAUAAGGCUGCAAAGACUCUGGGAAUUGUGCUCGGUGCAUUCAUCUUUUGUUGGAUGCCUUUUUUUAUUAACUCUGUAAUUGAUGCCUACAUCGGCUUCAGCACACCUGCUGCCAUAUUUGAAGCAUUUGUUUGGUUGGGUUACUUUAAUUCAACUCUAAACCCAAUUAUUUAUGCCUUCUUUUAUCCCUGCUUCAAAAGUUGCUUAUAUUGUAUCGUCACGCUAAAAAUAUUUGCAUCAAAUUCCUCAACCAUGACUAUAUCUGUUAAAUGA